AUGCACUUGGGUCUGGAUGUUGAAGACGUUGAUAGGAUCAGCAAGCAAUUCAACGACAACCAUGAAAAGGCUCUUGUAGUUAUGCAGGCUUGGACCAAUAGGAACACGGAAUCUGCCGUUGGAGCUCACUUGGAGGAAGCCCUGAGAGGCAUAGGAAGGGAUGACCUCGCGGAAAUGUGCCCUUGUGACGUCAUCAACCUUACGCACGCCGUUGGUCAGGUGACCAGUAAAGUUUUUCUCGAUUCCAGGUUUGAAGCCCUGAGAGUUGAAUUGGGGACCUCGUCGAAGGGCUCGUCCAUCACGAGGGGUAUGUCGUUGGAUGUGUCCUACGAUGAACAGGAUCUCAUCAAGGAUGCCGGCUCAACAAUGGACGAUCUUAGUGAGGUCUGCUCCUCUGCUGAUAAACUGGAUAACCCAGAUACACAUGACGAUCUGAGAGAUGAAAUGGCCACGCCUACAUCCAAUGAAAACUUUUUGAUUGACAGUUAUGAAUAUUCAAAUGAUGAUAAUGGGAUUGUAACUAAAGAAAAUGUGGCUUUUGUGAAAUGUGAGCCAGAAGUCGAGGCAGAUAAAAAUUUGGACAAUGCUGAAAAAGGCUUGAAGAAAUGCAUAGUGCAGGACGAACUUAAGAAUAAAGUCAUCAAAGAACUAUCCAAUCAAUUCAAAACUGUCUCGCCAUCAACAUCGAACAACGAACAACCAAUCAAAACUAAGAUUCUAUCUGAGACCCGUCUCAUCGAAUUGGAAUCAACCUAUGAGAAACCGUCAACUAAAGUCGUGAAUAAAUUAAAUCCGGAAAUAGAUCAAGAACCGCCCAAUAAGAAGAAACCGCCUGGAUACGUGAAGGAUCAGGUGAAAAAAUGGGAACAGGCUCUUGGCACGGAUGAUGAAGAUUCCGUCGGGAAAAGUCAAAGUCUAGAGUUCAGCAGUCAGAUGACGGAGCAACAAAAAAUGCAACCACACCAGCCACUGCCACCGCAACAACCACAAACUCAGCAGCGACAGCAGCGACAGCAGACACAAUUUACAUUGGAUCAAGAUGAAAAAUUUUCUAACGCCAACCAGGAUAACGAAUACGAAAAUUGGCCGACUUCAAAUGCGACAAUUCUAUUGGACGAGGAAAUGGGUCAGACAUCAUGGUCAACCAAUCAGGACGUUGCUCCCAUCAACCAAUCAAAAAAUUUGAACCACCCAUUUUUAGAAAUCAAUUACGAAGAGAGAGACAUCAUAAAAAGAUCAGAGUCAGCUGAAGAAGAAGAUGAAAACGUGAAUGACGACAUCCUAGCGGCUUAUGAAAAUAAUCCACAUUUGCAGCAGCAGCAGCAACCACAGCAGCGACAGCAGCAGCAACAAACAACUGAAAAUUCUCAAGACCUCUACCGAUACAGGCCAGAAACAGAUUGUUACGAAUAUGAAAAAGCAUCAGCAACAAGAAUAACUGUAGCAGCAGUAACAACUGACCAACACUCGCCAACAAAACAGUUAACAACAAAACCGCCAUCAACCGACAACGACAAUGAUUAUGAAAACUGGUCAAAAUUGGACGCGAAACGACAAGCGACUACAACAACUACAGAUGUAACAACGGCAUCACGUUCCUUAGCUUCAGAUGAAACUUUCAAAAAAACCGAUGAUGAUUUACUAAUAGACGUAACUGAAAAAUUUUCUUCAACUAUUGAUAAAACAUUAGCGACAUUAAAUGAAAAUUUGAGACAAUAUGAUGGUGUAGAUAAUGCCGAUGCUAAUGAUGCUGCAGAUGAUGACGCUGACGACGAUGAAUCUGUAUCUACAGCCACAACUGCCGAUGUGAACGAUGUUUGCCAACUAACAACAGCCACAGCAACCACAGCAGCUUCUACAACAGCCACAGCCUCCACAAAUACCGCAACAACCACAUCAACAUCAUCCAAAACAGCAACAAUAACAACAACAACAACUGAACCUAAUGACAUUAUUAAUGCAAAAAACUCAGUUGAAACAACAGACCAGCUAAUCAACUCAACAACAGCAACUACAACAACGGCCACAAUAACAUCAACAACAUCAAUAACAUCAACAACAGGUGACAUUAAUUUGGACUUCCCUGAAAUUGGUCCACAAAUAACGCUAACAGAGGAUAAUAGCACACCAGUUGAUGAAGACGAUUUCGUUGGGUAUUACGGGCUGCAGCAGUAUAUAAAAGACCAGCACGACAAUAGCGAUGUUGAAUGUGAUGGCGAUGAUGAAGAUGAGGAUGGUGCAAAUAAAGUUAAAGAUGAUGACGAUGAUGUAGUGGCUUUUGAAGAAGCGUUAAGUAAAAAAUUGACAGAAUGUAUCGAGCUUGAAACACAACAAACACAUCAGCUACAACAGCAACAAGAUGAAAUUGAAACUUCAACAACUUCAACGGAUUCAACAACGACUUCUCAGAAAAAAACAUCACCACCAACAACAACAACAGCAACAACGCCAUCCACAACAACAACAACUACUUCUACAACUACAACAUCAACAGAAUCCAAAAAACAACAACACCCCAAGCACCCAAUCUCACUAUUAUUCACUCCAGAAAUUUUAGUGGAGCCCGCUAGUCCCAUGGUCCAGAGCCCAGAGGAGGAAACUUUUUACUUCCAAGCUCCAACAGUAGUUGUCCAAAAGAGAUGCAGUCGAGAUGAAACCGCCUACGAAAAUAUGGAUGACGAUGAGGAAGAAGAUGAUGAUGGCAGCGAUGGUGGUGGUGAUGAGGAUGAAAAGGUUGAUAAAAAUGGCGGUAAAAAGUUUACCGGAGGUGUACUAGACCGGAAAAAGAUUUCAAUUGAUGACGACUACGGAAGUAGAAUAAAGUUUGACGACUACGAUGACAACGAUGAUGAUAUGGAUUUGACGAUGACGUCAGAGAAUGUGGAUAACAUGAGGUCACAACAAUUUGAUGAUGCCAAGUAUGACAGCAAUUAUGACGAAGAUUUAACAAUAAUUUCCCAAAUAGCCGAUGAACUCUUACGAGAGGUCACAGAAAGCGUUCAAAAUGUUAUUCUAGAAAGUUCGAUAACUCAACAACAUCAGCAGCAACAGCAGCAGCUGCAACGACCACUUUCUCCUUCUGAAUAUUCUCUACUAGCUGAUAGUGAGCUAGAAUUUAAAUCGGCCGAUGGUGAUGGUGACGUAUCAUCGAGUCACGUGAUGUACGGUGACGUCAGAAAGAGAAAGGAAGAAGAUGACGAUGAUGAGGAGGAGGUUGUUGGUGAUGAUGAUGAUGAGGACGAGCGUCGAAAUUUGAGCCCACCAUCACCAAGUGAUUUCACGCUGAUUAAUAUUGAGGAUGAAUUCAACGAUGAAAAUUAUAUUGGUUGUAAUACGUAUAUAGAAAUUAUCGCAGACGUGAAAGAUGCACCAACGCCUAAACACGAUGAUAGAACGAAUAUGAGAAGUGAUAAUAAUGAUAGAAGCAAGAAUGGUGAUGAUGAAGAUGAGGAUGAGGACGAUGAUGAUGAUGACGCAAGAAAAAAAAUAUCAAAUAAGGUGAAGAAAAAUAUUGAGAAUGAAGAGAUCGUAAAGAUGGAUACACGAGAUGACGACGACGAUGAAGAAGAAGACGAUGUUAUCAUCGAAGAUGAGUUGGAUAGAUUAGAAGCUGAUGACAAUGAUGAUGAAAGCAAUGAUGACAAAGACAUCACUGGUAAUGAAUUCAUUAAAAUAUCACUGACUCAGCCGGCAACAAAACCAGCAGCAGCAGCUACAUCGACUUCCAUCCUUCCAACCAUCAAACAGCAGCAGCAACUUCAACUGCAACAAGACGUACCUCGCGCGCCAUUCCACACUCCAGUCAAAUUCUCUCCCUCUGACUCCUUCUACGACCUCACCAACACGUCACGUGGUGCAAAUGACGUCACUUCAGAUGAAUUAUUUCCGGAUACGAUACACUCUAACUUUUUGACGGAACAGCAGCUGAGAGCUAAGAGGAUGUCUUUCGAAUUGAAACCUGAAGAGCUGGAAAGAAAGCUGAGUAGAUGUAGUGCAAGGUCCGUGAGCGAGGAGAACGAAGAGGAACCGGGUUCGAAUGCGUCUGACGACGGAGGAGUUAAUAUAACGGAGCAAUCAGAACCAUCGACCGAAGUAUUUGCCACGGUACAACACGAACAACAACAACAGCAACAACGACAACAAGAUCUAUUUUUAAACACACUUCCGGUUGAUAGCAUGACAUCAUCACAGGAAAUGUUGACGCUCUCACCUGAUAUGCCGGAUGAAAAGACGUUCGGAAAAAGUCUCGAACUUUCAACUCACCACGUCUCAACCGCUCUCGAAAGACUCUCAACCACAUCUCCCUUCCAGCCAAUCACAAACGCCGAACCGAACCCAGAGGCUCUCAAAACUCCGCCCUACUCGCCAAUCUCCGAUUUGACGUUUACCGGAAACAAGAAUGAUUUAUUUUCCGGAAUUGUGACGUCUGACGCCAAUGACGUAGACGACGACGCAGACAGUCUAGACGACGGCGACCUGUACUUUGCGAAUAAAGUUAAAAAAAUUGAAGAUGACGGUAGUGGCGCUUUGAUGCAGGCAGCUUCAGAAGAAGUUGUGGUGGGUGCGGUAGGAGGAGCUUGCGGGUCUCUAGGGCCCAGGCCAGGGGCAGUCCGGGUCGGCCAAUCUCCGAGUGAAUUUUUGCUAGAAGUUGAUGAAAAUAAGAGAGCUGAUGACGACGACGAUGAUGGUAUCGGUUACGAUGAUGACCGUGAUGAAGACGAUGACGACGACGAUGAUGAUGAUGGUGGUGGUGGCGGUAAUGAUGAUGAUCAGGGAGGAGAUGGAAAUGUUGUUGGGCAGGGAGAGGCCGCGCAUCAAGAGAGUUGUCUGGGGGACGAUGUUGGGUACGUUGGUGACGAUGAUGAAACUGUAGAAGAAGUUAAUGACGAUGAUGUGGAUGAUGAUGAUGAAACUGCUGCUGCUGCUGAAGACGAUGAUAAAAGAAGAAAAAAACAAAAAAACAGAAUUGAAUUUUCAACGACGAACAAUCGAGACAUUCGAAAAGCAGAAGACGAUGAUGGAGAUGAAGAAUUAGAAGGCAUCAUUGAUUCUAGGUACGUUGCGAUUGAAAAUGUUAAGAGCACCUUUCGUAGAGGCGUUUUAAAAACCAAAAAGCAAUCCACCUCGAAGGAGGGUAGGCCUACAGCCGAUGAUGACGACAAUGAUGAUGAAGAGGAUGGUGACAACACUGAUGAUGAAAAUGAUCAUAAUAGUUGUGAUAAAAGACAAAGUAAAAGUUGCGAUGACAAUGAUGAUGACGAUGAAAAUGAUUACGAGAUAAUCAACAAAUCUUCACUGCUUGAUACAUUCACAAACGAAACUUAUGAAAAUCAACCACAUCAGCCACUACAGCCACAACAACCACCACAACAACAACAACAACAACAAAUAUUUGAACCAUGCGAUGCCAUAGAAAUGUUAUACCAACACUCAGUGUUAAGCCAAAUCAGUAAAUUCUGCAUGGAAACGAUGAACUCCCGCCAGCCAACAGUUCGCCCCAUAUACUCCAACACAUUCAACAUCAGCAAACUCAGAUGUAGGCAGCAUUCAGAUGAAAAUCCUAUGGACGAUUCAACUAAAAUGACCUCGAUCCAAAAAAUAUUCGGUCAUAGUAUGAAAAGUAGCGAAAGUUUGAUGGAUGGAAGCACUGAAUCAGCAGAGCAAAUGUUUAACGAGUUAUUAAUAACUGAAGAUUCUGAUAUAAACGUACAGCAGGCCAUUCAAGAAUCUUUCAGAACGUCGACUUCUACAAAAUCGGAUCUGGUUUCUAAGGAACCUAGUGAUGAAAAGUUUGACAAUGAUGACGUUUUUGGAGUUGUAAGUGAAAAAGCUGACGAGAAUAUUUAUGGCACCGAAAAUUUAAACAAUGUUAAUAAUAACGGCGGAGCUGAUUAUGUUGAAGUGGAAGAAAUUGUGAGAAGAAAGCGACAAAGUCUUUCAGAUCAACAACAAUGGAACCAAAAAACAACUGAACAACAACAGAAUUUAAAAGAGCAACCAACUGACCACUCAAGACUAGCGAAUGAAAAUGCACAGCAACCACAGCAGCAGCAACCGCAACAGCAGCAACUGCAGCAGCAGCAACUGCAGCAGCAACAACUGCAGCUGAACCAGCAACUGCUUCUCGACAUCACUAAAAACGAUGCAGAAAUUAAGAUUUCAUCGACAUCAAGCGACGACAAACAAGAGACAUCAACAUCCUCAGACACGUCUGGAGGCGAGCCAACCAUUUUAGCGGCCACAUACGAUUUGGAGAUAGGCGCCGUUUCGAGAGUUGUGGCUGACAAAAAUGAGUCUAUCGAUAAAAGUCAUCACCACCAUCACCACCAUCAUCACGUGGGGGGUACGUCACUCGGGAAAAACAUGUCCUCGCCGGAAGAUGAUGUUUUUGUUGAAAUGCAGCAGCAGCAGCAACCAGAGAGGCAAAAGAUUAAUGCCAAAAAGCAACAGUAUCAUCAACAUUUUCAACAACAACAGCAACAACAUCAGCAGCAACAGCAAUGUCGCCAUGAAGAGGAAAGAGACGAUAUAACAGUUAGAUCUCUGACACCACCACCACCACAGCAUCACCAAUUACAACUACAGCAACCACAACAACCACAACAACCACAGCACGAUGACCAAACAGCCCUUGAUGAUGCACACUCGUCAUUAACUUCGUCGUGGGAUUUCUGCAAAGACGCUGAUGUUGAAAAAGUCAAACACGUCAGAAGAGAUGAUGACGACGACGAGGAAGAAGAGGAGGAAGAAGAAGAUGAUGAUGUAAAAGAUGAAGCGUGUUAUUAUUUAACCGAGGACUCGAAUAAUUUCCCUGAAGGUGUACUAAUCUCGCCCAACAAACAAGUCAUGUCUCAUAAAACUAGUGCUGUUGCCGCAACUGCUACUGCAGUCGCUGCUGCAACCGCUGCUGCAACAACUACAACUUCGACAGAUAAUAGUGGUAAUAAUGACGAUAAUGAUGAUUACGAUGAUGAUGAUGAAAUUGUUAAGAAAUGCGAUAGAGAUGUAUUCACCGAAACUCAACAGUACGGUGAGGAUGAUUAUGGAAAUGAUAAGAAGAAUGAUGAUGUAUACAAUGAUGAUGAUGAUGAUGUAAAGUUGUACGAUGGGGCAGAUGAAAGUGACGACAACAACAACAACAAUGACAUAAACAUUGCAGACUACAACAUCAUCAACAACAACAACAACAAUGACAUAAACAUUGCGGACUACAACAUCAACAACAACAACAACAACAAUGACAUAAACAUUGCGGACUACAACAUCAACAACAUCAACAACAACAACAACAUACCUGUAAGACUUAAUGUCAUGAACGACAACGACGGCAUAUGCAACCAUAACCAGCACCGCGAUGAUGAUGAUGAUGAUGAUGAUGGCGGUGACGACAAUAACAACAACAUAAACAACAACCUCCUAGUCAACCCAUUCUACGACGAUGACGGUGUUGUUGCCGCGCGAUACUACAGUGACGUUGAAUACGACGACGACGAUGAUGACGUCAUCGAUGACGUCAUCAAUGAUAACAACAACUACAACCACAAUAACGACCUGCCUGGUGCUAUAAACAACAACAACAACAACUAUAACGGUAACAUCAGUAACUACAAUGGCGACAUCAAUGAUGAAUAUAUUCACUCAAGUUAUUGGGAUGAUGAUGAAGAGGAUGAUGACAGCGUAAGCCGUAAGCGGAUAACUUCUGUCGGCGAUCCCAGCAUUAUAAACAUGAACACCGAAGCAAGUUAUGAAAGCUACCUACAAGACAAAAAUAAAAAUUUCAACAAUGGAAGUAGCUACAGUAGCGACCAAAACGACGUCGAGUUCGAUAACGAUGAUUACGAUGACGUCGGUGGUAGUCGCGAUAUUGGCGAUUUAGUGGCAGACGAUGUAGCGAAGUCUAAAAGUAAGAAGAAAGUUUUGAAGGAUGAAAUCAAAUCUAAGUUGAAGUUAGCUGGUCUCGGGGAAGAUGAGGACGACGACGACGACGAUGAUGAGGACGAUGACGAGGACGUCCUUGAUGACGUUCACGAUUUAGAAGCAGUUGCAGCAGCUGCUGCUGCUGCUGCUGACAACGAUGAUGACGACGACGAUGAGAUGUCGGUCACGAAAGAAAAACUAUCCCAGCUAGUCAUGGACAUGAUGGAUGAGCAAAAUGAUGGACUGAAGGAAGAUGUAAAAAUGAUUGACAGUUACGAGGGGGCGGGGCUUACAUUUAAAACAAAUGAGGAGUCAUCGGAUGCCACGUUUGAAUUGGAGAACGCUGAAAGUUCGUCCGAUUUUGUCAGUCAGAUGAUUCGCUUCCGAGAUAAGUUAUUUAAAGACGGAAGUGAAGAUGGCGACGAUGUUGCUGACAGUUUGGACAGACACCUGGCCGCAAGAAAUAAAAACAAUAAUUUGGAUGGUAAAAAUGAGGAUGGUGGUGAUGAUGAUGAGGAUGAAGAUGAUGAUGAUGCGGAAGGAUUGGAAAGGAGUAAAAGUUUUGAGGAGAUGACGGAAGAGGACCUGAUGGAAAGAAGAGCUGUCGAGUUUGUUAACGAAGUUAUCACAAAAGCCUGGAAUGAAAACGCUGCAAAUAAUGAAACCGAAAAAUGCGAAGAACAUUCGAAAGCUGAAAACGAAACUGAAACAAACUUAUUUGAUUACAUCCCGCCUGCAAAUUGUUGCGAGACAGUCGGUUGCACGGGUAUUUGCAUGAAAAUCACCCAAGAUUGGAGCGAACAGGCAGAAAAUGAUGGUCGGUACGAUGAUGAAAAAAGCAAAGUAGACGCCGAAAAAUUAACGAAACGUGGAAAAGUUGAUGGGGAUGAAACUGAAGAGGAAGUGGAUGAUACAAACGUUUGUAGCAAGAGAGCUGAUGAGGACGAUGCAAAUUUUAAAAACGGUUUUAAAAAAGACGGUGACGAAAGAGAAGCAUUUCUAGAGAAAAAGAUUGAUAAAGAUGAAGAUGAAGAAAAAGAUGAGGAUGAGGAGGAAGAUGAAGACGGCGAAUAUUACGGAUACGAAGAUAAAUCAACAACAAUUAUAAGGAAACUGCCAAAAAACCUUCCACCAUCAUCAUCGCCAUCUUCAACGACGGCAACAUCGUCCCAGAGACCAACGACAUCCAACAUGCCAGCCACCAACCAAACCUUCAAAACUCUACAAAAAUUACCAACACCCAAAUCAGCUCGACACCAAAUGAAAACGUCAUGUGACAGUCAAACAACAUCGGAUUCCUUGAGUCCAGAAGAUUUUUGUGACAGUUCCAGUGUUGAUAGUUUUGCAACUGUCAUAGCCAGCCCAAACUACGGCGAAGAAUCUACUGAAAAAUAUCACCAGAUGUCAGCCAGUGGUGAUCUAACAUCCUUACAAUCAUCGACACACUCCGAUCAACUGACAACUGACCUCAUGCCUGAAAAUGUUUCUGAAUGCGAUCGAGAACAUGGAGAGGAUGAUGAGAAAGUUGAUGAUGAAUGCAUUGUGGAUGAGGAGGAAGAAGAAGAAGAUGGAAGAAAUAUUAAAGACAUGGGUGAUGGGAGCGAUGAAAUUAACGAUAGCAUUGAAAAUUUAGAAUCAAUACCAGCUCUGCCUUUUGAUUUGAAUGUAGAUAUGAACGUCUCAGCGAGUAUUUUAAUUUCAGACUUCCCGGCCACCCGCCAGCUUCAUACUCGCAAAGAUAUUCCAACCCCACCUACAACGAAGACAAGCACUCCUGACCCAAACUCAGUCGUAAUAAAACAACUGCCCAAAACUGACAGCAUUCCUUCUAAACAAAUUGACAAAUCUUCAGCAGCGGCAGCAGCAGCGGCGGCAGCAGCAGCAGUCAUGGUAGCAUCUACAUCGACGACGACAUCUUCGUCGAACAACGAUCAAGCCAGUCAGGAUGAGAACAAAAGUUCUGACGAGCAAUCGACCGACGACAACUACAACGACGACUGCGCCUCAGUUCCUUCCUCCUCCGCCAGGUCAGACUCCGACGAGGCAUCCAGCGAGUACAACUCUUCAGACCAAAUGCUGUUCUCUGACCGUAUUCUCACUAUCGAGUACUGUGACACCAUGCUGGCCACCAUCAGAGAAGAAGAAGAACGACUCUCCUCUCUUUCAGGUAAAACAAGCAGCUCGUCGUCAGCUGCCAGAGCGGCUGCAGCGGCUGCAGCAGCUGCAGCCGCUAAAAGUGAUGCUGGUAGUAGUAGCAACAAAAUGCAAUUUCAAAAAUAUUAUCAACAGCAGCAACAAUAUUUAAAAAACAACGCCGACAAAGAUACUGCUUCAGUUUCUUCAUCUUUAUUAGAGUUCGAAAGGUUGGAGAAAGAGUUGCAAGAGAAGUUGAGCGGCGGUGCAGAUUCUAACGAAAGUCAGAAGAGCGGUAAGAAGAACAAGUCAAACGUGAGCGAGGACAACAACAGCAGCAGCAACAACGACAACAACAGCAGUGCUGGCGACGCUGUAGUUGUCGACGACAAUCUAUCCAUAUCAUCAUCGCUUGCCGAGUUCGAGCAGCUGGAAGAUGAAUUGAAGCAGUCGCCGACCACUGCAGCAGCAGCAGCAACAUUCUUGUCCUCGUCCAAUCUGGUAGAGAAGCUAUCUGAAGUUGAAUGUGGCGAUGUGAUGAAGCAACAUCACGUGUACGGUAGCAACACGUCAUUGCACUCCUCCAUGCUGUCCUCGCCCAACAACCAACACCUCAUAUACUAUGGCCCUGAUGAUAAUAUCUACCUAACGACAGAUUUGAUGAAUUUUGAGUUGGCAAAUAAUCGUUUGGAGCCAACUGAAAUUAGCACAACUUCAUCUUCAACACCAAUGCAUCCGCAGUAUCCAGAGUAUCAGGAUAUCGUUCAGAUAAUAAGAAAUGCAGAGGAAUCCAAUGAAUUGCUCCUUCAACUCGAGCAGCAACAGCAUCAGCAACAAUAUCAGCAACAACAUCAGCAACAACAACAGCAACAACAACAGCAAUUUCAAACGCAGCAUCAAUCUCUAUCACAGACGGCGUCUCUAAUUGAUAUUGACACCGAUAUUUACAAAACCGGCGAAUCCAUCCAACCGACCGACUCAUCACUGCUACUCGAUCUAUCAUGCGAGUCGGGGGCUUGGAGUCAACAAAGCGAUUCGCUAGGUGCCCCGGUCGCCAAGAGCAGCUUCAGUCAAGCAAGUUCGCUACUGGACGACUCACUAUUCGCCAGUGGUCUUGGUGUCGGUAGUAGUGCAGAAGUAACAAGUCCCGAUGAUAAAAAUGUGAAGUUAAAUGGAGAUGAAGAUGGCGAUGGAGUUGUUGCUACUGCUGCUGUUGUUGGAGAUGAUGUUGGGAAGAUGAAUGACGAUGAACAACCAUCCCCAUCGAGAUUCAAAGUGGGCUCGGAUCAAUGUAGGAGUUUGAAUAUAUGUUGA